AUGUUCGACUCAGACUCGGACUCCGAUGUAGAGAAGGACGUCCAGCUUACAAUUAAUGAGCAUUACGCGAAAGCUUUCGAAUACAAGAAGGAAAGAGAGGAACUCCAAAAAUUGAAGGAAAAAUAUGGAUCAGAUUUCGAAGAGGAAGGGGACGAGGAGACUGACUCCGAGAGCGAAGAAUCUGAAGAUGAAGAGGGGGAGGAGCUGACCCCAGCCGUGGACGCGGCAAUCCUCCGAACUCUAGCACGGAUUAAGAGAAAGGACCCGGAAAUAUACAAUUCUGGGAAGGACGUCUUCGAAGAGGAAAAGCAGAAAAUAUCUUCUACCACCAUCAAGAAGAGUGCGCGCAAAGACAAAUCUAAACCCGUGACACUGCGACAAGUUGCGCUUGAGGAAGCACUCAACCCCGAUUCGCGGUCGCCGUCCCCGGAACCGCUCACGCAUGUGCAGGAGCAGGAAGUCCUCCGCAAGGAAACAAUCGCCGCGUUCAAAGGCGUCGCGUCCGGGGAUGAAAGCGACGAUCUGCUCGUCCCUCGCAGCAAAACGAAGGAUGAGCUCGAGCAGGAAGAGGAGGAAUACCGUACUUUCCUGGAGCGGGAGGUCGGGCCAGAUCUUGCUGGUUUGGUGACUGUAGAGGCAGGCGUGAUGGCACAAGAGGAAGAGGACGAUGGUCGGCCGGAGGAGACGCGGGGGAAGAGCAAGAAAAAGAAGUCCAAGAAAUCGAAAGGUGCCGCCGCUCAAGACAAGCCAAAGGAAGAAGCCGACCAAGAAUUCUUGAUGAAUUACAUCCUGAACCGCGGAUGGAUCGACCGCGAAUCCAAGCGCGUCCCGACGUACGGGGAAAUCACUCAAUCCCAAUCAUCGCGGAGCAAGGGUAAAGGCAAGGCGGCGGAGCUCCACGACUCUGCCGGCUCGGCGUCGGAGAAUGGCGAUGAUGAAAAUAACGACCUUGAUGAAGAGGAAUUCGAGGAUAUCGUCGAUCGAUUCGAGAGUUCUUACAACUUCCGAUUCGAGGAACCAGGCGCUGCGACCAUCCAGACCUUCCCCCGUACACUCGAGUCCACAGUUCGGCGUGAGGAUACGACUCGGAAGGAUGCGCGUGCGCGCAAGAAGGAACGGAAGGAAGAAGAACUCCAAAAAAAGCGCGAGGAGAUCAAACGCCUCAAAUCGCUCAAGAUGAAGGAAAUAAGGAAAAAGCUCGAGCGGAUUGGCAAGGAGGGCGGGAAGGACGUCGAUACCACCGAGGCUUUGCAGGAGCUGGACCUCGAAGGUGAAUGGGACCCGGAUGCGCAUGACAGGCAGAUGGCUGGUAUCUACGGCGAGGGAGACGACGAAUGGGAUGCAGAGAAGCCGCAUUGGGACGACGACAUCGAUAUCGGCGACAUUCCUCUGGACGACCAACCCGAAGCUUCUACGAGUCAGCAAAAGAAGAAAAAGAAGAAAGGGAAGAAGAAAGACGCUGAUGUUGAUGAUGAUGCGAUUGACGAAGGCGUGCCGAUGGAUCUGAUGGACGCCGACGUCAAGCAGGAGGAAGAGGAAUGGGACGGGACAGAGGAGAUGCGUAAGAAGAAGCUGGAUGAGUAUAUGGACGAGAUCUACGGGCUCGAGUUCAACGACUUGGUCGGCGACCUGCCCACGCGUUUCAAAUACACACCUAUCCAACCCGAAGCUUUCGCACUAACCCCCGCCGAAAUCCUGAUGGCCACGGAUGCCGAGCUCAACGAGUUCAUGAGCAUCAAAAAGUACGCGCCCUACCGGACGGGUCCAAAACGGUGGGAUAACACGCGGAACGAAAAGUUGAAAGAGCUGCGCCGCAAGAUUGCUGAGCGGACGGGCAUGAAGUUCGGGGAGGACGGCGCGAGGGAGAGGCGCACAGGUGGAACGGGAGUGGGAGAGCGGGCGGUGAAGAAGAGGAAGGGGAAGAAGGAGCGUAUGAAGAUGAAAGGGUUGGGGGAAGGACAGGAGGAUGGCAAGGAUGGCGAAGCAAUCAAAGUAACGCCAGUGAAGGAGGAAGGGAAGCGUAAACGGGCAGACGAUGUAGCGGAGGUGGUGGAAGAAACCAAGGGAAACGAUAUCGACGCACCCGUAAACAAACGAAGGCGAAAACACAAGAAGAAAGAAACAGCAGUAGCGUAG